GGCAGAAAGUGCGGGAUUCAAAGCAGUUGUGCUUACAAUCGAUAGUCCGGUGUCAGGUUUAAUGAGCGGAGAAGUACGAAAAAACUUGCAACUUCCAGACGGUAUAAGACUAGAAGUUUUCAAGUCCUUAGAAGCUGAGUCAAUUAUCGAAAGUGGUGAUCUGAAGUUUGCUACAGAUAUGAAUGCUUCCUUGACCUGGGCAGACGUGGAAUGGAUGAAAAGCAUUACAACUCUACCAGUUAUCGUGAAAGGUGUAAUGACAAAAGAAGAUGCCCGAUGCGCUGUGGAUGUGGGAGUAGAUGCGAUAAUGGUGUCCAACCAUGGUGGACGUCAAUUGGAUUCCGUGUCCGCCACUAUUGAGGUGCUACCAGAGAUAAUUGCAGCUGUUAGGGGACAAGUUCCCAUUAUAGUCGAUGGAGGUAUAACCAAAGGAACCGAUAUUUUUAAAGCUCUGGCAAUGGGAGCCGACAUGGCAUUCAUCGGACGUAGCUAUCUUUGGGGAUUGGCAGUUAACGGCCAGAAAGGAGUAGAAGAAAUUGUUCGACUGCUACAACACGAACUGGAUAACACAAUGGCUCUUGCGGGUUGUCGCACAAUCAAAGAUAUCACGAAGGCUCACGUUCAGCAUGAGGCUCAUUAUUGUAUGUCAGCAUUGGCUGGGAUUGGACUGGAAUAGCCUUCAGGAGAUAAAGUUCAACCAAAUCAUGAGUAUUUUAGGUUCUAACAAUCUUCGGUUUAGAACAGUGAUUCCUAGAGCUCACAGAUGGAUAAUGAGACUUAAAUAAUGAGCUUCGUAACUUGCUAACAAAUGCUUGUAUAGAUAUAAAACCUAUUUUAAUCCACCUAGUGGUGUA